AAACAGUGUUUCUUUUUUUUUUUAACGCUGAUUGUAUUCAAUAACAAAUAGUUUAACAAAUGAGCCCCCUGAAGCACACACACCUCACAAACAGAGGAUUGAGGAAAAACAAGAAACAUAAUAUAGAAAGUAAAAAGAAUACACCAUUAGGUGUCAUAUCAAAUCGCAGUGGACUAAAGAAGCGAAGGAUAACUGCAUGGAGAACAUAAUAUCCACAGCGCCACAUCCAUGUAACUAUACGCCAUCAUUGGAUGCCUCUUCUCAGAUAGUGAGGUCAAGCCAUUGAGGACCACAUGUCGCAAGAUACGCAUGAUAACGGUGACUACUUGUGACACUAUUAGCGAUGAACUAAAAAUCCAUGUCAUGUUUUAAGUAUUAAGCAUGAACAAAUGAGAUCACGGAGAUGACACAGUUAUGUGCCAUUUGUCUUUGAUAUCGAAGAUCCAAAAUUAGGGUACAGAUUGUUAAAACACAAACUCAGAUCUUUUAAACUGGCUCCUUUUUUAUCCACAGUAGUGGCUAGAAAAGAACACAAAUUUUUGAGAUCCUUCUCUAAAAGAACAAUUCUCACUAAUUAUGGCUUAUGAUAACCUAACAGUGGCCGCUGAAAAUGUAACCAACCUGCCAAUCAGAAAGUCGCAGGAGAUAGAGCAAGUCAACAAACACACAAAGACCGUAGCUCCAUUAGGAACCGGAAACGAACGACAAAACCAUCUCUCCACUAGGAGCCAGAAACUCCCGGAGAACCAACAAAGGAACCUCAAACCAAUAGAGAGCACAAAUCUUACACGAAUGGUGAAACCUAGAACCCCAACCCAUCGUGAGACCCACGAAGCACCAGCUGGAACAGAGAAAACCAAUCGCAGAGUCUGCAACAAGAAUAGAGGACGAACACGACAGAGAGAGAGGUCAUCCUCAAGCAACUCCAAACGCCGGAAACUUCCAGAUCUGAAGAGAGCAACACCGGAUCUGAACUUCAAGCAAAAACUCAUUCACUACGACACUACUGCAGAAAAACGAAGGGGACAGAGAAGAGAUUGAGAGAAACACAUAGACACACAAGAGGACGAAAGGCGGAUCCGGCGACCGCACGAGGCGGCGGCCGCCGAAAAAGAAGCAGAGAUUAGGUCAUGUGCGGCAUUGAGGAAGUUGGUGGACCAGCCAAGGCCGCAGCUGGAGAUUACUGUAACCCAGAAAAAACAGAGUUCCCAUGUGUACCAGGAAAGGGCUACUACGGUCGUGGUGCGAUCCAGCUCUCUUGGAACUACAACUAUGGUCCUUGUGGCAGAGACCUGAACGAGGGAGACUUAUUGGCUACACCAGAGAAAGUGACUCAAGACCAGGUUCUUGCCUUCAAGGCCUCUUUCUGGUACUGGACCACUAAAGUUCGCUCGAGUUUUAAAUCGGGCUUUGGCCCGACAAUCAAGGCUGUGAAUAGUAUGGAGUGUACCGGAGGAGGAGUUCCUAGUGACACAGCUGCUAACAGGGUUAAGUACUUUCAAGACUAUUGUACCAAGCUUGACGUUCUACCUGGAGAAAACCUCAAUUGUUAAGGUUUCUCUCUAUCCAUCUGAAACAGCCAAUGUUGGCAAUAUAAGAAUAAAGAGAUCACAGAAGAGAAAGUAUCGUACUAGUAUAGUAAUGUUAUUGUAAUAAUGUAAUCAUGAAACGAUUUCCAUUUAUGCAUAGGCACAUUGGAUUUUAGAACAGAGGUUCCAUUAUUGUGAACUUAUCACCAACCCACAUUGGAUGUAUAUCUCUGUGUUUACAUUUAAAUGCAUGAAUAUUCAUAAGAUGUCACGCUUAGCUUCAAUUCGAUUUACUGUUAAGCACAACCGAAGAAAUCACAAAAUAGGUAAGUUUGCAAACUGAAGAAGUGAACUCGUUUUAAUACCACACAUGAACAUGUCGACGAUGACACACACACAAACAGACACACGCAAUUUUAACACAAGACUGAAACUUUGAACUGCAGCUAAAUCGUGUAGCGAUUAUUUAGCUUAGUUGCAAGUUGUAACCCAAAUAAAUCAUUCUGAUAAGAAAUAUCAGAACGGGUGGUCUGUGUAUGAAAGUUAAUAAUUACUCUCUUCGCCUCUCUACCACAAAGCCCAUAUCUAAAAUCAAACCAUGUGAACCUCAGAUACUUUCAGCUUUUUAUUUCACAUAUUCCUUACUAUUACAUUAUCACUUAGAACACUUAUUAUUACACAAACCAUCACACAUGUAGGACUCAGAUGACACCAUGUAGAAUCUGGUCAUUAGGUUUGUCACUGCAGUAGUCACAUAAGCAUUUAAAAUCAAAAGCACCGGCAUCUCCCGUAAUGCAUCUUCCACCUUUCGCGUCCUUGUCCUCACGGCAUCUUAUAUAACAAAUCGUCGGAAAUGUCUGAGGCGCACAGAAGCCGAAACCCACAUUCCCGCCGUAUUCUUUAAGGCACUCGCUAUCCUGCGCUUCUAUUUCCGGCGCUUC